UUGGACUAGCAUAGCCAGCCAAUUAUUUGUCAAACUAGCAUUCGUCGGCUAACCAGCUCCAAGUUAAACAUUUUACCGUGAAAAAAACAUUUUCUCGCAACUAAACCGUUCACGUUCGUGCCGAGGAGUCAAGUUGGCGCUUAAACAAGAUGUCAACCCCAGCGAGACGACGUUUAAUGAGAGAUUUUAAACGACUGCAAGAGGAUCCACCAGCUGGAGUUAGUGGGGCUCCAUCAGAAAACAAUAUCAUGGUGUGGAACGCUGUCAUUUUUGGACCAGAGGGAACACCUUUUGAAGAUGGAACCUUCAAACUUACCAUUGAAUUCACAGAGGAAUAUCCAAAUAAACCUCCAACAGUGAGAUUUGUCUCCAAAAUGUUUCAUCCAAAUGUGUAUGCAGAUGGAAGCAUAUGCUUAGAUAUACUUCAGAAUCGUUGGAGUCCAACCUAUGAUGUCUCUUCAAUCUUAACUUCAAUACAGUCUUUACUGGACGAGCCAAACCCAAACAGUCCGGCGAAUAGCCAAGCAGCCCAGCUAUACCAGGAAAACAAGCGGGAGUAUGAGAAGAGGGUUUCCGCUAUUGUUGAACAAAGUUGGCGCGACUGUUGACCCCUGUUAGGGUUCGAGUAUGAACAGUGUCCAGCCCAGAAUCAAGAAACCACCAAUCAAGACAACUGAUCUCACAGAAAUAAAAUGACACAUCUUUAAAGUCCCUCUUGAUAUAUUUGUCCCAUAACUGUUGCUCAGUUUGUAAGCUGUUGUGUUGUGGCAUUCACUCCUGCCGAAUGCUAUUGUUGGGCAAUAGCAUAUGUUUGUUGAAAGUUAAUGUACCUUGUUAUAUCUGGGUUACUUGCUACAUGCCCCAAAUCUUUUCUUUUUUUAAAAACAGGCUACGGCCGGUGUCUCAGUUGUCACUUUUCUACCUGUUGUUUUUAAACUGGCUGGAUGACACGUGACAGUGAAUUAGAUGUGCUUGCUGUGUGGUUUGCUGUGUAGAUACAGUUCAUAUAUUUACAAAAAGGAAAAAAAAUACUGUUCAUGGGUGUUUCUCAUUCUGUGUCAGUGUUUUCACUCUUUUCUUUGGUUUUAUUUCUUUCUGCCUUUUGAAAGCCUUUCAGUGAGACAGAGAAUUUAACCUGGCAUGGUGAACGGGUGACGUCCCUCUUAAAGACUGAAGCAAGACACCGAGUUCCCACUCUGCUGACAUUUUUAUGCCAUUUUACAAGCUGAUUUCACUGUUAAAAACAGGAUGUGUCUGUAUUCAGAUUAUAAACCUUUGCACUGGUAACCCAUGUAAUAACUGUACAUUUUCUUGUAAAUAAAAUAAAUAUACAACA